AUGUCUACAGUUCUGUUGCUAGCUGACUGGAGAGAAAGUACACAGUGAAGGGCCAAAAAUAUGGAAAUGAACUCCAUUCGGAAGUCUUUUGAUUUGAUGCUGCUGACCCUUCUGAUUAGCUUCCUAGUAGCUGAAUAUAAAAGCACACGAGCAGCAAAUCAAAUUCCACCAAACAACACGUCAGCUGGACAGAUGUCACAAGAAUGCACCAAUGUUACCAGAUCCAUGUCUGUACUGGUGAAUACCAAGGCUGUCUUCUCCUGUUGUUCUCACCCAAUAAAGAAUUAUUUAAUGUUUACAUGGAAAAUAUGCCUCAGAGACAACACUCCCUGUAUCAUAGCCUACAGAAGCGACAGGAAUGAAACCAAGGAAACAAACUGCUCUGGUGAAGGAAUAACCUGGGAAAUCAGACCUGAAUGGAACAACACACUUUGGAUAGACUCAGUGACCACUGAUAAUGAUGGAUAUUACAAAUGUGUUGCUGUAGCACCUGAUGGGAAUUUCCAAUCUAUCUAUCACCUCAGUGUGCUAGUGCCCCCUACAGUAACCCUGUCUGAGAUGGGGAAUGGGACUGUUGUGUGCAAGGCUGCUGUUGGGAAGCCAGCUGCCCAGAUCUCUUGGGUCCCAGAGGGAGAUUGCUUCACUGUGAAUGAAACUUACAACAACGGGACAGUGACUGUGAAAAGCAUGUGUAUAAGGAAUCACUUCAAUGAAUCUAAUGUUACCUGUUUCAUUUCCCAUUUGACUGGGAACAAGAAUCUGUCCACAGAAUAUGGAGCCCAAGGUUCCCAGGAUACUAACACAGGAAUAUACAAAUAUGUGAUCCCUUCUGUUGUUUUUCUCUUGGUCAUUCUGGCCAUCGCGACAUUUGUCAUUUGUAAGAAGUCCAAUGGUUGCAGGACUUGUAAAUCCCCAAAGCCAGAAGCUACCCCGGGUAUUAGAGAGGAUGAAAUGGAGCCCUAUGCCAGCUACACAGAAAAGAGCAAUCCACUCUAUGAUACUAGGGCUGAGGUGAAGAUUCCUACAGCUUCACAAAUUGAAGACUUUGGGUUGGAGUUCCAGGCAGGACUCACCAGUUAGGACAAAUUAAUCCAGGUACAAUAGAAACCCACUGCUGCUUGUAAUCUCAUGGGAUUUCUGGGGAAUAGAAGACCCCCUUCUGAAACCUUGAUAUGUCAGAGACUCUGGAAACAAGAGACACUUCCUAAUAGUCAUCAGAAGUGAAAUUUUAGGAAAUUUAGCAGCUACCACCUGCUGCUAUGAG